AUGUACAAUGUGAGUGAGAAAGUCACUCAGUGCGGCCAAGACGUACGGGACAAAGUGUUCCAAAAGGGGGUAUAUGGCGUGACUGAUGUAACUGGAAGAAAGGACAUAUCUGUUGGAGACAUGACAAUUCUCAGGCUGGAAGAUAAGAAGAAAGCGUCACUGACCUGUAACAUCUCCGGUUAUUUCCCUGAUCAUCUGGCUGUGACCUGGAUGAAGAAGAAGGAUGGAAAGAUGACGAAGUGGGAAGAAUGCGGGAAGGGUGCCCACUUUUCCGGGGCUGCGGGGGACUUCACGAGAAACCGGGUGUCUCCCGCAGAAUCCGGGAGAGUAGUUGCAGCUCUAGAAGUCUUUGCUCCGUCUCCUCAACGAGCACUUGUUGGAUCCAAUGUGGUUCUCACCUGCACCUUCUCUGUGGAUAAAGGGGUGAUAGAGCCCAAUAUCCUGGCCAUAUUGUGGUAUUUCCAGGGAAAGGUGGUCCUGACACAUGACAUCAAAUAUAUCACUCAUAAUCCGAGGGCUUCACUCAGUACAGAAGCAGUAAGAAAAGGAAAUGCCUCGUUAUAUCUGUCCAAUGUUGUGCUCUCUGAUAAGGGGCGCUACAGAUGUGUGGUUAAUUAUACUCCAGACCGUGUGGAGAAGGAGAUUUUAUUUGAAGUGCAAGCGCCACCGGUUAUACUGAUACCUAACAAGGCCGUCAGUAUAAAUAAGGACAACACCCUCUGCUGUAAAGUCACCGGAUUCUUUCCUCCAGAUAUUGCCAUCCAUUGGCUUAUAGAUGAAGAGGUACAGAAACAGCAAAUGAUGGGUAAACCCCAGCAGAACAGAGACGGCACCUACUGGGUAGAUAGCAGUAUGGUAAUUACACCGACCGAUGAGCACCGGAAUAAAACCUUCUCCUGCAGAAUCCAACACGUCUCUCUCCAGGAGCCUCUUCAGGAGACUUUCCAGCUGGUCUAUGAGGAUGAACCGUCUAAUGCGGGCACUAUUGUCGGCUGUGUCAUCGUGGUGUUGCUGAUAUCAGUAGUGAUGUUUGGCAUCUUUUGGUGGAAACAACGAAAGAACAGGAGAAAAGCUAUGGAUCCAUUCACGGUAAAGGAAAUUGAGGGUCCUUCUCGGCUGUUCCAUGGAGAAGAAGCCACCCUGUGCUGUACAGCUACCAACUGCAGAGGGGACGUACGUGUGACUUGGCUGGAGAAGAGAGACGGGCAGGUGCGUGAAGUCCCGCAGUCUCAGCCAAUAGACACAGGAGAGGAGGAGAAGCUGCUGGUCCCAUCCUAUGUAAUCAGAUCCCAGAAAGAGGGGCUUCAGUACUCGUCUUCCCUGAGGUUCACACCCUAUAUGGAGAGACACAGAGAUGUGACCUUCUCCUGCAGGUUUCUCUCUGGCCACAGGAGCGAGGAGAAGACAUUUCACUGUAAAACUAUCUAUGGAAAGCCGCAGCUGUUACAGCCGGUAUCCCGGAGCCUAUUUGUCUCUGGAGAGAUGAAGCUCGUUCUAUCCCUGGAGAAAUUCUAUCCCAGGAAAAUCACGAUGAGUUGGAUGUGUGGAGUUGGGGAGUCUCAGGAAAUGCUUUCAUCCACUGAGACACUGACAGAGAAUCCUGAUGGGACUUAUAAUGUCUCUAGUGAGACCCAGAUUCAAGAAGCUCUGCUCAAGGAUCCAAGAUUCAGAGUACUGGCCAACUGGGGGCACAAAUCGCUGGACGCAACAGGACACAAAGAGCUGUCAGUCAGAGACAAAGAAUACCCAUGGACUCCUGUUGUGGAAAAGAUACAGACGCCCGCAUUAUAUCACAACACCCCAGUCACCCUGCAGUGUAAUAUCUCAGAGUAUUUCCCGGACGCUGUCACUGUGAAAUGGCUGCGGAAGAAGGACCAGGAGAUAUGUGAGGAGACUGAUGCUGUGUAUAAACAAAACAUCCAGUCACAGAAAGACACAAAGAACACGUAUAACUGUACGGCCAAGCUGACCAUCGUCCCCACACUCACUGUCCACCAGGGGGCAGCAUACAUCUGCCAGGUGCACCAUCCCUCUCUGGAGACACCUAUAGAGACAAGCACAGGGGAGCUGAGGGUUCUGGCUAAACCCCACAUGGCGGAUCCUAUAAAGAUCACAGCGGAUUCUUCUCGUGUUGAGUUCUCCCUGACCCUGCGGACAUUCUGGCCUCAUCAUAUAAACAUAGAUUGGCGCUAUGAAACUAAUAAGAAAACAUUUCCAUUAUCUCCCAAACAAGCGAUUACAGUACAUGAUGACUGCACAGCGGAUGUCACCAGUGAGUGCAGCCUUCCUAUAAUGGUAUUUACUGACCCAGAGGUCAGAGUGCGUGUAACAUGGAAUCAUGAGGCUAUGGAGGAGCCGGAGACUAGAUCACUGUCUAUAAGAGACCUGCAAUGGCGCCUACAGGUUGGAGACAUGACAAUUCUCAGGCUGGAAGAUAAGAAGAAAGCGUCCCUGACCUGUAACAUCUCUGGUUAUUUCCCUGAUCAUCUGACUGUGACCUGGUUGAAGAAGAAGGAUGGAAAGAUGACGCAACUGACGGAUCUGCAAAAUAAAAUCCUAUCCUAUCUGACGAAAUUUUACACUGUUACUAAUAAUAAGAAGCGUCAGAAAGAUCAGAGUUUUACUUUUGAAUCCUGUUUGACAUUUACCCCAUCAAUAAGCUCAGACCAGGGGUCAGAAUUCAUCUGCAGAGUGGAACAUCCCAGUCUUGAGCACCCGCUGGAGAGAAACACAGGACCCCUGCAAAUAGGUUUAAGUAGGAAGGAGAGAGAUAUGUCACUCUAUCAACAAUGGGAUAGUGGAUCAUCCCCAUCUACCUCUGAGGAUGAGUCGAGUGACGAGACAUGGACAUAAUUAGAGGUCACAGAACAGCCUGAUGAAGACACAUUGGGAGUCUGAUGAGUACAUGUCUUAGCAAGAAUAUUAAAAAAAGAAAUGAGACUGAACCCAUAGCUGGCGAUUCAUUGGAGACUGGUUCAUCCAGGGUUCAACUGUAUUUGUGCCAAAUUAAGUCGCACCCUACGCCAACAUGAGACUGGUUGGGUUCUGUUUUAAGUGCAGCGCGUGCAUCCGAGUCACAGCGCAUGCGUCCCAAUUGUUACUGUACGGAGACACAGA